AUGUUCCACUCAUCCAUGCUCCUGGCCGGGCUCCUGGCCGCGACCGCGUCCGCGCGUCCCGCCGCGCCCAAUGCCGAUAUCAAGUGCCCGGUGGUGCUCUCGGGCCAGGUGCCCACGGCGACACAGCUGACGGACUUCGACUCAUACGCCACGAGCAAGGUGUUCAACCCGGACUACGUCCGGGCCAGCAGCAUCCCCUGGUCCAAGAGUCUGCUGUUCCCGGCCGUGGCCAACUCGCGUUUCGACAACUCGAGCUACAAGUCGCUUGAGGUCACCAUCAGCGAGAAGUCCAUCUUCCAGACCCAGAACGGGUUCCGUCGCGCCGGUCUCCAGAUCAUGGGCGACACGAAUGAGGGCGGGCCCGGCACGACUGGCGUGCGCACGCUGCACUGGAGCGUCAAGCAGGACGCGGCGCGGAAGCUCAAUCUGACGCAUGAGUAUCUGAAUGUGUGGCACGAGACAUCGGACUACAGUGCCAACCAAUUCAACUUUGAAAUGGGCACUCUGAUCGGCAAGUCCGGCGACAAGAACACGUUCAAAGUCACCAACCGACAGAACAAUGUCAUCUGGUCGACGGCCAUCGACAACACGGCCUGGCAGAACUUCGCCGUGACACUAGACUACAAUAAGAACACCCUGCAAGUCUACUACUCGAAGGGGGACGAUGCCCUCAAGUCCGUUACUUCGGCGCUGUCAAAUGACAACUCUGGUGGCGGCCAGUUCCAAAUCGGUAUCCUGAAGAAGCCGACUGGGACCUCAGACGUUGUCAACUCCGGAUACCAAGAGUCGCCUAUCAACGAAGGGCAGAUAUAUGGUGGCAUUUUCCUCGAGGACAGUGCGAAUGGAUGUAUUUCGCUCUAA